UCAGCUGUGCAUAGGCAUCCCCACUACUCGUUAAUAUCUCCAUGGCCUCCUACCGAUAGCCGGUAUUCAAGUUUUUGUUUUACUUCUACACUAACAAACAGUGGAGGUAUAGUUGCGCUACGGCGCCCAGGAAAAAUUAGUUAAUAGUUUAUAUAUCUUAGUUUUAAGAAAAGCCAUGGACAAUUGUGGAAUUUAAUAUACAAAGACUAACCAUUUCGGUUUUCUAAUUAUACUUUUUACGUCGAUACAUAUCUUUGUGAGUGGUAAUUAAAUACCGGCCGGUAAAUUACAAGUGCUAGUUUUUCCUGCAUAAGUGAUUUUCCUGUUUUUCAAAAUUCCAGUAGCAAACAGGGGCCUCGAAGUGGUCCGAGAAGGGACUACAAUGGGGCAAAUACCACAAAAUCAACCUGAAGAUUGGUUCUAGACACAUGCGAUAUUCGUGGAUGCCUUUCUACAAAACAACCGUUUGGACCACGUUAGUCAAGUCAUGGGAUACCACAAAACAUAUUUGGACCAUUUUUUAAAGACUCAAAAUUUCAUCUUAAAAGGUGAUGGACCACUACCCUUCGACUACAGACAUUAUAUUGCAAUUAUGGCUGCAGGAAGGCAUCAGUGUAGCUAUUUAAUAUCAUUACAAAAGCAGGAAUUUCUUCUUCAGGGAGGAGAUCCCAAUUGGUUGAAAGGACUUGCUCACAUACCUGCUAAGUUACGAAACCUGAAUGAUAUCAAUAAAAUUCUGGCGCAUCGACCUUGGUUAUUGAAUAAGUCUCAUAUUGAGAAAUUAACUAAGGGUAAAAAUAGUUGGUCACUAGCCGAAGUAGUUCAUGCAAUAGUGAUUUUGGCCCAUUUCCAUUCACUAUCGAGCUUCGUAUUUUCGUGUGGACUCAACCAAGAAAUAGAUCAACUAACCUCGGGUUACCAAUACAACAGUGAUAGUACGUCUACAGCUAAAACGAAUAAUAAAACCAAACCCAAAGAUAUAUCAAUUGUGGAUAAAACUGUAGAACCAUCCACCACUCCGCCAUCCCCUACAGAACCAGAAGUUGGAAUAAAUACUCUUAUGCAACGUAUGAAGACUUUAUCUGAACAACAACAAGAGUGCAAACCCGAAGAAUUAGCUAAAAGAUUUGAGAAUAUUGAAACGCAAUCAGCAGAAAUAGGUGCCGUUGGGUCACAACCCCAAUCUACACCGGCAGAUAUAAGUUGUUAUGUAGAAGAUGCCAGUUUUAUGUACAUAGAUUUUGCCAAACGGUUAGACUCACAAGAUAUAACCACCUUUAGAGUACAAGAUUACUCUUGGGAUGACCAUGGAUAUUCGCUUGUUAACCGACUGUACAACGAUGUUGGAAAUCUUCUAGAUGACAAAUUUAGGACUGCAUAUAACCUAACAUAUUACACUAUGGGAACCCGUACCGACGUAGAUACGACAAGAUUUCGUAGGGCUAUUUGGUAUUAUAUUCAAUGCCUUUUUGGAAUACGUCACGAUGAUUAUGAUUAUGGAGAAAUAAAUGCUUUAUUGGAAAGAGCUUUAAAAGCAUUUAUAAAAAGUGCUACUUGUUAUCCAGACAGAGUUACAAAGAAAGAAUAUGAUAGGGUUCUUAGAGAGUUUCACUACAGUGAAAAGGUUCAUGUAAAUCUAAUGGUUCUUGAAUCAAGAAUGCAGGCUGAAUUAUUAUAUGCUCUAAGAACAGUGAAUCGAUACAUGACAAACUAAAAAAGGUACUGAUCAGCGCACUAUAUGGGAUAUAGGGAACCUGAAGAUAUAUAGGGUUUCAUUUGGUAUUUAUUCCAUCAAAGUACCUACCUAAUAGGUAUAUAGAGCCUUUUUAUUAAAAGAAGAGAAGAAUAAUGGUUAUUGCACAAUGCUACAAAAUACCUUGUUUUUUUUUAAUUAUUUGUUGUAAGCUAUACUAUUGAGUGUUAUAUUUGUACAAGACAUUUACGUUCAUCUGGUAUAUUGUAUUUCAGUGUUUCGAAAAACGUUUUAAUAUUUUUCAUAAUCAUUGAAUUCUACUAAAGAUUUUUGUCUGCCUUAAAGAGGGAAGCAGAACAGAAUUUUAAAUGAAACAAACCUGUAGAUUCUUGUGGGAAACCAAUUUUUGAAAAUGUGUAUUUAGCUCGGAAUCAAUUUUGAUACUAUAGCAAAUAUGAAAAAAUACAGAAAGUUAUAUGUUUACCAAUUCACUGAUGUAAUUAACCACCAAAUAGUAACUUUUGUUGCUAAUAUGUCAUCAGUAUUUUUAGAAUCUAUAUCAAAAACGAUAAACUGGGUGAUGUAUUAUAAGUAGUCUGUUAUGAAAAAUAUACACAUGUCACUUACUUGGUCAUAUUAAUAUUACCAUUAGUAGUUUAUUUUGUGCUAGAGUCAUGUUUAACAGUUAUUCCCACAGAUGACUCAGAUUGGUCUAUGUUAGUGUGCAUAUUAAAUAUGUAACUGCACUUGUAAAUAGAUUGGAAAAAAUAUAUUUGUCUCAUUAAUAGUAGGGGAGCUCUAAAAGCUGAAUUGGGAUUCACACAAAUGGGAACCUGUAUUCUGAAGUUUCAAUGAUAACGAGAAUAAAAGGUUCUAUACAGAUUUUCAGCAAUGUGUUAACAAAAUAAUCACAUGAAAAUAUUUCAACGUGGCAGAUAUUGUUGAUUUUGAUCGUAGGUUCCUGAAUUUUUACAAAUCACUAACCGCUUUCAAGAAAGGAAUUAAAAAUUGAACAAAGAGAUAUGUGUAUUCAUGAUUCUACUUUAUUCAUAAAAUAUAAUAGUUGAUAUGGUAGAACUAUUUAUUGAACAGAGAAGAUAAAUGCUAAAACAUUUGAAACCAUCAUAAUAGGAAGGAUAGACCUGUUAUGCUUCUAGCAAGUUCUUAUUUUAGUAUAUGCCUUUUGCAGCCAGAUUUAUUGAUAGCAAGAUUUGAAUUUCAAUUCAUCAGUUGUAGUUACUUUCAAAAGUUCUUUUUUGACUCCUUCAGUAUUUGCACUUGAACAAGAGUCCAAAAUUCAAUUAGGUAUGAUCAAUCAUCAUCUUUAUUUUUCCUCUUUCUAAAAUUUGAAAACUGGCUGAAUCCCUUCAUCCAAAUAUUCAUGAAAUUCACUUCAUCACCGUGAAGCUGAAGAUUACUUUCAAAACAACUUUGUCGAGUAGGUGAUGAGACUUUUGGAUUGAAUUAAAUCUGAUCAUUAAACAUCAUCUUUAUCUUUCAAAAAAUUCUACACAGAAAAGAAUAGUUUAUUGAACCUAUACUCUAUAAACCAGCAAACUUUAGUUGCUCCAACAUAUCUAUUAACCAAAGUAUAUUUAAGAUAGGCAGACGACUCAGAACUAAGACUGUUCAUGUUCCAGCUCAUCUCUUAAAAUACUUUAAAAAGAAGAGCAGGAGUAUUUCUAAUGAUCGAUUAUUUUUUCACGGUUCUGACAGACUGCUUCUAGACCCAUAAUCCUUUAUGACGAACAUAUACAUAGUGGAAGUGCUCAAUGGAAUGCAAAGUAGUUUUUGGGCCAUCAAUGAAGUCGACUUCAUGAUUAUAACACUUUUAAAACCUCUUUAAGAGCUUUCCUGUUGACCAGUUUACCAUGAAUAUUCAUACUACGCAUUAAGAAAGCGGCGCGUUUGCUCUUGGGAACUACCUGAACUUGUCAAUUUUCAGCCUUAUUGGUUUGUGAUUACAACUUGUUGGAAAAGGGUACCACGUGUUUUAUUAGUACUUUUUAAAAUCAUUUAUAUAUAUAUCUCCGAUAAGAAAAUUAAUAAAAAGUAUGUCUCUUUAGUGGUGUUUUUUUCAGUAUAUUUUUACUUAAUUUUUUUAAGCACUCUUCAGAAUAACGUAAAAAGCAGAAAUUGAGGAAUCUACAAUAUAUUUUAUUUGACAAUUAAAGUACCUUUCUAAUGUAUUGAAUGAUAAAAAUUUUUACACUUACUCUUUAUAAGUGAAAUUUUAUUUUUCACAAUAAAUUCCUUUUAGCAGGAAGAAUAAUAACAUAUCGGCUGUUAUGGGGUUAUUUUACGUUGCUGUAUUUUUGACCAUUUUACUGUCUUGUUCUCAAAUAAGUCCUGCAUGAUUUAAAAAUUUCUGGUGUAAAUAUUUUAAUUUUCUCUCUUUUCUGACGAAAAUGAUAAUUUUCGCACAAAAAAACUUCUCAAUUAUUUAUAUACCACUUUUAAAUUAAAAAAAACAGUUAAUUAAAAUAUUUUUCAUAUAUAAUUCGAAAAUACCACAUGAAAUAAAUUGAAGCGAAAGUAUACAAUACAGAUGGAGCUGAGCAGCUGUGCAUGUGACGUAGUCUUCUUCCUUCUUCUUUUAUCUAUGUUAUAUAUAUAAACAUUCCCAUAAUCGCGAAAAUUUAAAUUUACACGAAAAAUAAAUUGAAAAAAAUUAUUGUUACAAAGAAUAUUGUUUUUUUAAUUUUGCGUCAGUUUUUUUUGUCGAUCAACAUUACUACAAUAUUUUACAUGAAAUUAUUUCUAUUUAUAUUCACGAGCCCAUAAGGCUCAAAUGGACGUGUUUCGCUCGUUGGACUGGGUGAACGCUUCACUUAUUUUGUCGGACAAUAUCGUCGGUAUAGUGGUUAUGCUACAUAAUCUCAUUCAAAUUUAAAAAAAUGUGUUAUUAUCACAAACCCUGAAGGCUGAAUAAUUACAUGUUCAGGUAGUACCCAAAAGCAAACGCUCCGCUUUCGUAAUGUGCGGUACGAAUUUUCGUGGUAGAUCCUUAAAGGCCCUUAAAUAAGGUUUAAAAAUGUUCUAAUCAUAAAGUCGACUUCAUUAAUGACCCAAUAACUAAAGGACAUAUAUUAUCUGAAAUGCUCGAGUGAAUCCCAAAAUCUCAACUGGGGCUCCCCUACUAAAGGUUUUUGUAUAAUAUGUAAAUAAAUAAGUCACCAUGGAAGUCUGCGCUCUCUCAAAAAUAUUUUUUAUACAAACCACCAGAAUUUAAGCAUGUGACUUCCAUUUGUCGUUAUUGACGGAUCUAUGAUUUGUUUAAAUAUGAUUUGUAAGUGAAAAUGAGAAAAUUGUCAGGUUUAGUCACAUUAAUGUCGUGUUUAUUUAUUUUUUUUUGGGUAUUCUAAUUAUAUAUCUAUCCAUGAUAUUCUGUUUAAUUUGCAGAAAAUUUCUUUAUCCCUAAUUAUAAAGUGAUAUUUCAUCAAUAAACCAUAGCAAAAAAGUAGAAAAUAUAAAUUCUAACAUAAAAAGUAAAAUUUAAAAUAAUAGUUAUGUAUGUUAUUUUAUUAUAAAAAAAGAAAUGAUUUUACUACAUUGUGUGGCUAAAUCUUAGGAAUUGUAAUAACAAAAAUCCUUCCAUUGUCGACACUCAAUCCAAUGAUAAAUUUAUUCUUUGUUCUGAAAAUAUGAGUAAUUUAUUAACAGACAGGCCUCUUCAAACAACAUUCUUGUUAAAAUUGGUAACACUUUAGAAAACAUUGAAAAUAAUAGAAGAAUGCAUACAUAAGUUAAUGGUCAAACCUGAUUUCAGGGCAAACUAGUUUGGCCUAGGCUGAACUAGUUCUUCCUAUAUGCAAUAGGAUUAACUAGCAUAGCUUAGUCCAAACUAAUUUAUCCUAAGCCCGAUAGAAUAAACCAGUUUAGCCUUAGUCAAACUAGUUGAUCCUGAUAUAAAUUAGAAAUAUAAUUAUUUCUAUUAAAACAAUAACAAACAAUCAUAUUAUAACAAUUAAUAAGGGUUAUUUAAUAAAAGUAAUAAUCGUAUCUCAAUUUUAAAAAUUGUUAUUAAUUUUUACAUGGUGUGCUUUGGGGGGACUUGCUUAUUUAUAUCAGAAUCAACUAUUUUGACCUAGGCUAAACUAGUUUAUCCUAUCGGGCUUAGGACAAAUUAGUUUGGACUAGACUAUAUUAGUUAAUUCCAUCGUGUAUAGGAAGAACUAGUUUAGCCUAGGCAAAACUAGUCUUCAAAUAGAGUUUGGCCAAUAACAUAUAUAACAAUUCUUGUACAAAAAUUUCAGUAGAAAUAUUUAAUACUGAUAACAAUGUCAUUGAUAUCUAUAAGAAAAUGUCAAUUGGGAUUAUAUAUAUUAUCCAUAUUUAAAGUGUUGAUACGUCGCAUUUUUAAAUACCCGGGUUCCAUAAAAACAAACUUAUAACACAGUCAAACUCCUAAAGGUGAUCAAUUUAAGGGCAACUUUAAGUUGAAACACCUUAUGUUAUUGAAAAGUCAUGAUUCAAAAUAGAUAUUUUGAACUCAAGUUAAGUUAAACUUGGAAUUUUAUCACUUAUUACUAAUGUAUAAGAAAUAACUUUGAUAAUGUUUCAUUAACUCAUCUUACAACUCGUAAUUAAAUGUAAUAUGAAUCUCUAUCUUGUAUACCUACCAAAUUUUUGAUUGGAACCCAGGAAGUUUCUAAGUCACACCAAUUGUGAUGUAUUCUUUUCACCGGCUAAAAAUUGUAAUGAUGAAUAAUGGGUUAUUUAGCGUAUUGAGCAGGUAUAAAUAACAUUUUUUCAAUUUCACUUUGAUAAAACGACUGAUUUAAGAAUCUGUAAUAUAUAUAUAGAAAUAUCGAAAUAAUAAAAAAACCAAUGGAUUUUAUCUACACAACAGAGAACUAUUCAAUUAAUAACUGAUUACAUCAAGUAUUGAUAAGAAUAUGGAUUUAAAAAAAAUGAAAACAUUUUUAUCUAACCCCCAAAUUAUGUCUUGAUCUCAGUAUUAAUAUAAUUUUUUUAGUAUAAUUUCACUGCCAUAUAGUUUAGCUUAAAAUUUACGCGAUUAUAAAAUACUGCUUCUCAAUAUAUAAAGAAAAAACCUGAAGCUUCAAAGAUUUUUAAGAAGGGCCAAUAAUUAUUCAAUCGACCAUCACUGCUAUAGCCUUGUUAAAUAUCAUGUAAUGCUAAUGUGUAAAAAGAAAGUAAAAACUGUUAAAAAAAUUCACAUUUGAUCAUCAAAGUUACUAUGACAAAUCGACAAUAAUGCUAUUGGAAUUUUUUGACUCAUUCUUCUUUAUUAUAUUCUUUCAUGAUACUUCUAUUUUAAUCUUUCAUAUGCCAAUUUUCCCAUAUGAUUUUUUCUAUUUAUUGCACAUAAACCUCAAUAAACACUAAUUUCUUCCACAUCUAUUAAUAACUGCCAUUGAAUAUUUCAGUUAUAUUAUUUUCUCUUCUGUCUAAAAACGUUUUGGUGAGAACAGGGUGUCAAGAAAUUUUCCAUCCAAAUGCAAACAACAGAUACUAGAUGUGCAACUAAUCUAAUUUCUCUUUAUCCAAAAGCUCCUCACAAGCAAGCUAGCGCUCUUUCAAAAAGAUGCUGUUAAUCACUUCUUUAUACAUAACUCAUAAAAUCCGUUACUUACAAUCAUUAAACUUGGUAUAAGCCGGAAAUGAUAAAUUGUUUACUAUAGUUACAAUACUUGAAAAACUGACUUAAUCUUCAAAGGAAGUAGUAUCCGUAGUUUAUGUUUUCAAUGUUUUCUGGCCAACCUGUAUAUUGUUGAUUAAGAUACCCACUUAAAUCUUAUUCAGUUUUCUCUGUUAUUAUGAGAAAGUUGUCUAACCGAUUCUUAGAUGAUGAUAUAAAUAGUAUUUGAUUUAUUCUUUUUUUAACUGGACAAUAACGCAAACUUUGUGUUCGGUGUGAGUUUUUAUAUUGUUUAUCAAAAUUUGUUUGAUUUCAAAAUUUCUUUUUUUACUUCCAUUAAUAUCUAUUAGUAAAAACACCACUUGAAAUAUGCGAAGGAAAUUACUUUUUAAUUGUGAUCGAACAAUUGUGUUUUUUUUAUUAUAUUGCUGAGACAUAGUAGGGUUGAAAACGAAAGCUGUUGGUCCAAAAAGGAAAAGAAGAAUAAAGAUUUAAGGAUGUUUAAAUGCUUGGUAAAAAAUUGAAAUUAGUACUACCAAAUUACAUGAUGUUUAUUGGUCACAGCUUUGAGCAAAAAUAUAGUUAUCGACCACAAUCCUUGUCUUCAGAUAAGCUGCAAAUCGCCUUCAGAUUGUUUUUGUUUUGUACCUUAUGUAAAGGGUGUGAGUUAAAAUAUAUUUUUUAUAAAUUUUGCUAAGAGACCUUAUUAUUUUUAUUAAAUAUAAGUAAAAAAAAAUUAAAAUGGAUAUUUUUAAAGAUUCUAUGAAUUGAUACAUUCUAAUUACGUAUAAAUUGAUUAAUUUUUAAUAGGGGUUAAUUUUUAUAUACGAGUUGAAUGUAUCAACUUGUAGAUGGAAGAACUACGAGUUUUAACGUCCACCCCAUAUAAAAUAUUUGUUUAUAAUUUUUAUGUAACGCUGUGAUUCAAAUUUUAUGUAUUUGUUUGAAACAAUGUGUAUGUUUUUUAUGACAAAAUGUUUUCCCAAAAUUAUUUUAUAUUGUUCAAUUAACUAACAAUACAAUCAUAUUUGAUGCAAAAAGUACAAAUUGUCAUGAUUAUCGUGAAAGAAUUUUAUAACUAAAAAAUAUAGUACAAGUCAUCUACAUAUUGCUUCUGUAUACAAGACUAACAAAUCCACAAAUACCAGGUAUAUUCGUAAGGUAAUGUUUGUUUUGAUAUGAAAAACAAAUCCAAUGCAGAUACACCAAAAAAGAAAUUAUUGCACGAAAAUCUACCACAUUUUAAGACAUAUUUUGUGUAACCUGUUUAUAGAACAUGUUUCCUCAACAUUACCACCCCUCGAAUGAUGCAUUAUUAAUAAUGAAGCCUUUCAAUUUGUAUCCCGGCAUGUGACCAUGAAAAAUCUUCACUGUCCGUUAAUAAAUUAGAUUAGCGACUUUGUUCACAUAUUCUUCUCAUUAAUCAAAAAUAAACAAAUUUAUAUGAAUUGAUGUUUCUAAUCACCUUGUAUACAGAAACAAGUAGUUAUGAAAUUCUCAUUUGGAGCCAAGUAACGUAGUGGGGUAUGUUCUCCAUUUGUGAUAUUUAUCUGAAUGUGAUUACUGUGUAAUAGAUUUUUAGAUUGUUUCAAUUAAAUACUUAUGAUAAGUUUUGUUGAUGUUUAACCAUAGACUUUUAGUGAGAUGUUUUAAUUCAUUAAUCCACUUCAUAUAAAUAUAGUAAUUUCAUGAA